GGUGGUGGCGGGAGGGGCCGCAGCCCGGGCUCCGUUGGCGCAGCCCCCCCCCCAGCGGUGUCGGCCGCCGCUUCACGGACCAGGCUUUGCCGUCGGCCCGUGCCCAGCCGCAAUGCCGGCGGGGGGCGCCCGGCUGUGGCUCGCAGCCGUGGCCGCCUCGGGCGCCGCCAGCCCCACGGCCAGCCCGACGGCCAGCCCCACGGCCAGCCCGACGGCCAGCCCGACGCCCGGGCUGGACACGGGGCCCCUUCGUCAAGGUGGGCUCGGGCUACUGCAGGGCCCAGGCGGCGCACUCGGACGACCCAACCACCACCCCUGGGAGUCGCUGACGGAGUGCGUUGGGCUCGAGGACUGCAAGCAGAGCUGCCUGAGCAGCCGCACGCGCUGCGCGGGCCUGGCGUGGUCGCCGCGCCCGGGGGAGCUGAACAACUGCAGCCUGGAUGGCGAGCCGAGGUGCAACCUCUACCUCGGAGACUCCGAAGUGACCACGACGAGCAGCAGAUGGCAGGAGUACACUUGCUACGUCCCCGACGGCGACGGCACUGGGGCGUCCUGGGCGCUGGCGGACUCGAGCGAGGACCAGGGGGGGCUCCUCGGCCUGAUCGAUCGCACACCCCCCAGAUACCUUUACCUGUUCGUCCUCUGCGUGCUCGUGGCGGUGCUACUCUACUGCUGCUGGCCGCGCCUGAGACGCUGCUGCGGCGGCGCCCGCGACGCAGACGAGGGUUCGGGCCGGGAGGCCGACAGUAAAACCGAUGCGGAGCAGGGUUUGGCGUUCCUCGCUGGCGACGAGGAACGCGGCUCGGCAACUGGUGACGAGGAUGGAGGACAUGCGGCAACGGACGUCGAAGUGUCGGUUGACGUCGAUACUGCCGGCUCGGCAGCAGAUCGCGAGCCAAUUGGAGAGAAUCAUGUCGCAGUGUCGGUUGAUGUUGAUGCCGACGGAUCGGCAGCAGAACACGAGCCGGCCAAAGAGGACAGAGGGCGAACCAGAGAAGAUAUCGCAGUGUCUGUUGAUGUUGAGACCGACGCCGCGGGUCGCGGUCAUUCCAGAGACGAUAGAGAACAUGCGUCAGAAGACGUUGCAGUGUCGGUUAACGUUGGAGUUGACAGCUCGGCAACAGAGCAUGAGCCAAUCAGAGAGGACAGAGAGCACACCAGAGAAGAUGUCAAAGUGUCUGUUGACGUUGAGACCCACGGUUCUCGCGAGCCAGUCGGAGGUGACAGAGGACAUGCGUCUGAUCAUGUCAAAGUGUCAGUCGACGUUGAGGAUUGACUUGUGUUCGCGACCGCACCGUGUGCGACUUGCACCGCACUCUCUGCGUAUGCAGCGGCGCUGGCGGCUCAGAAAUCAGGAGAAGCCGUUGGCGGGUGGGGCGUCGCGGACGACUUGAGCCAGAGAUGUGCGUUGCGGUGCGAGUGCUGCUUCUCCUGCCCGUGUGGAUAACCAGACCAUGGCGCUGCGCGUGGCGAUGCAGCUCUAGGAGGAGGAGGAGGGGGAGGAGACCAUGGUUGCUGGAUGGCCACCUCGCUCUCAAGCCCGUGCCUCAGGCAGGGGUUGGGAUCAUUGUUUUUUGAUAUCUUGGUGGCUCGAGUCUAGGCCAUCACUAUGUCUUCACCGUCUUCCUCCCUUCCCCUUGUUUUCGGCGUCCAGUUUUCACUUGUCUCGGCGUGCCGCUGAGUGGAGCCGGGCGCACAGCUACAUCUUCAGCCUAAUGCAGCUGGCGCACCCGCGGUGUCAAGGCCAUCGCACCAGCGCGUCCGUUGCAUGUGGUGCAGCGCUUUGUUUGGCGUGGUGUAGCAGGUCGUCUCUCUCCACCAGGCCUCUCCCAAAGGGCAUGUCCGCAGGUGAUUUCUCGUCCCCAAUCUCCGAGUCCAUCCCGAGCACUGAUCUUGGGCCCCACUCCUAUGGCCCGUCGAAAAGCGUCGGAGACUGGGGUCGAACUGUACCUUGUUAAGUGGGCAGUGUCCAACAUGUAGAAUUUACCACGCCUGCAGUUGUUCUUAGCACGCAUGGCCAUCGAAGGAUUUAGUCUCACAUUUCGAUUCGAUAGUGCAUGCCCGCCUGGCUCCUGUGGCAGUGCUGCGAUCCUGUCGAACGGCAUGUGUACUUUGGAGGUGCUGCGGCAAAGUUGGCAGGUCAUCAAAAGGCGCCUUCGGAUUCGCGUAGGGUUUCUCAUCCAGUUCACACGUUCUACCUCCUUUCUACUGCCGCUCUCUCUGCCGCAGUUGCCAACGCCCACUCUCAGUAGCGUCCCCCAACCCGAAACGGCCGCGUGCGUGCCGAAGAAGUGCACCGCCGCAGGGCCCACACGCUCCAGCAUCAGCAGAGAAGCAGGCGCGGACGCAGACGGCGCGCUACCGAAGGCGCCCGCGUAAGGCUGAGUCACCGCCGCCCCCCUGCCCGUGC